CUCGGAGUGCUUGCAUUAUAGAAAUGUUUGUCAAGUGGAGAGUAAUGAAUGUUAUAAACGUUCGGGUUAAGAGCGAAUGUAAUGGAUGAUAUGAAGACGAGCUGUAAGAUGAAACCAGCAGUUUCCCUGUUUUCAAUAGGAAAAAAAAUGGCUGAUAUGAUUGGCUAAAAUACAUCUGGCUCAACAACUUUGCUGACUUUAUGAAUAACCCUAAAAAAACAUACUGGCUGUCACUAUGAGAUAAGAACCUAAAACUUUGUCAGUGUGGUUGCAGCAAUUGUAUAAAAGGAGAAUACUUUAAGCUCCCCAAAGAUAUUGUUGGGUGACUUUUGGCCAAGAUGUUCACUGCACUAAAGAAGCUUGUAGGCUCUGAAGCAGGACAAGAUAGAAACAUACCUGCUGGCCUGCAAUCCAUGAACCAGAGUCUACAGAGACGUUUUGCCAAGGGUGUGCAAUAUAACAUGAAAAUAGUCAUCCGCGGUGACAGGAACACUGGUAAGAGUGCUCUGUGGCAUCGUCUACAGGGGAAGAAGUUUACAGAGGAGUACAUCCCGACACAGGAGAUCCAGGUCACCAGCAUUCAGUGGAACUACAAAAUGACAGAUGAUGUGGUGAAAGUGGAAGUCUGGGAUGUUGUGGAUAAAGGCCAAAAGAUUCCACUGCCAGAAAGUAUAGGGAAAGGUAAAAGACAUGGAGAGAACUUGAAACUGGAAAACGACGAAUUGCAAGAGUCAGAAACGGAGAUGGCUCUAGAUGCUGAAUUUCUAGAUGUUUAUAAGAACUGCAAUGGAGUGGUCAUGAUGUUUGACAUUACCAAGCAGUGGACAUUCAACUACAUCAUGAAGGAGUUGCCCAAAGUGCCCAUCCAUGUGCCUGUGUGUGUUCUGGGUAACCAGCGGGACAUGGGUGAACACCGGGUCAUUUUACCUGAUGACAUCAGUGACUUUGUUAACUCCCUCAAUAGACCUCCAGGCUCCUCCUACAUCCAUUAUGCAGAGUCCUCUAUGAAGAAUGGCUUUGGUCUGAAAUACUUGCACCGCUUCUUCAAUAUUCCAUUCCUACAGUUGCAGAGGGAGACACUGUUACGGCAGCUGGAGACGAAUGAACUUGACAUUGAUGCAACAUUUGAGGAGCUUAAUGUUCAACAGGAGACAGAAGAACAGAACUAUGACAUAUUCAUGGAAAUGAUGGAAUCACACAAAGCCUAUGGCUCACCAUCUAAUGGCCAGAGCCCUUCCUCAGGGUCCCAUUUCCCUCUCAUUUUUCCUGGUGCUGCCUCCCCGAGUAAUUCCAACCCCAGCACUCCUCAGGUCCCUGUUCCACCCCAGCCCCACCUUGUUCCAGGCAUGCAUCCCAUAAAUUCCUCACUUCAGUCCUCAGCACCUAUAAUGCCUCAGCCUCCCUCACAAAUGUUGAAAUCACCUGUUGUUGCCCCAUAUACCCUUGUGUCCGCCCCAGCCAAUAUAGCUCCAUCUGCUCAGAAACGAGGCUUUAUAUCCCGUCUGUUUGGUUCCUCAACAUCAGAGAUGUCUCCAGAAAAACCAGAAGUAGCAUCUUAUGAGGCUUCUAAGUCCUCUGGGAUGGCACAGAAUGUGAAUUACUCUGGGCCAGAAGUGGAGCAGGACCAGAAAUGUCUGGAGGACAGUGGAGCAACAACCAAACCCAAGAACAAAACUCAAGCAGUGGCUUCUGCGCAGGGAAGUGACAGUGAUGGUGAGGGAAGAGGAGGGAAUCCACUAGUGUCUGGUUUCCAGGAUGAUUUGGACCCAGAUGACCAAGAGCCAGCCCAGCCUAAAGCAGCAGCCCCAAGCUUAGGCAUCACCCUAACCAGCGAUGAAGAAGAUGAGAGCCAACCUAUGCCUCCUGGGAUUCAGAACAAGAAGCUCAGCACUAGCUUCAACACAAAAGGACUCAUGUUCAGUUCAAUCAAGCAACAGUCACUUAAGUCCAAACCAGUUGAAAGACCUCAGGGCUUGAAAACUGCAUUCACCAUUCCUAUGCAAAAGAACAAGUCAAGGAGCACGGUGGAAGCAAAAUCAUCUGAUUCUGAUCAUGAGGGUCCUAUGGUUCAGCAUGUGCUUUCUUUUGUCAUGGAUUACCCAGAUUUUGAGAGCAAAAAACCUGGACUUGCUAAAAAGAAGCAGUCUUUUACAGCAACAGAUGACAUAUCUGACAAGUCAGAUGACGGGUUUGUGUUAGCUAGCCUCACAGAGCCCACAAAAAUUACUACCCCCUCUUCCAAGAGCCUGAUACGUGACAUUGACCUGUUUAAUCUGGCAUUUGAAGAGAGUAUUCCUCAGGACAAAGACAGCAGUGAGGAUCAGGAAGACACUGAAAGCAGGCAAUUAACAAAGGACAAGAAGAAAAAGAAAAAGAAAAAUAAAGAGGAGGAUGAGAAGAGCACUAAGAAACGACACAAACAUAAGAAAAAAGAGAAAGAGGAAUCAGGAACAGGAGAUGAGGACAAAAAAAAGAAGUCAUCAUCAAAGAGCAAGAAAUCUGGAACUUUGGAUGAUCUGGAGGCCUUCCUUGCAGGAGAGGAGGGGAUAGGGAGGAGUGAGAAAAAAUACUAUAAAGAACAAUAACACUUGAACAGUCCUACCAGGCCACUUUCCUGAUUUCUGAUUGUCACAGUCAGAUCCAUUCAUGGCUGGGUUGUUGACUGUCAUUCCACCUUACCCAAUUUUGCUGUGCAUGUGUUUUUGCUUAUUUACUUUUUUUGUUUGUUUUCUUUUAUCUGACUUUAUUUCCAGUGCAUAUUCUGUGUCAGCUAUUUAUUUAAUUUAUGAAUUUAUUUUAAUUAAAUUUAUGAAUUUCUGUUUACUUCUGAAUGAAUUACCAGUGGUUUUCCAUGGUUUUGGAGAGUGAAGAUGUUCUGCUGGUUUUAUUUCUAUUUUAUUUACCAACAAAUUUCACAAUUAAGUAAUGUUGAAACAAAUAUCAAGAUAUUACCCAAGAACUCAGUACAGUUUGAUACUACUCGCAUUAGCUUGUCUUUUUGCGUGAGUAUAUAUUUGUAUGUGUUUCAUGACUGUGUAGAACAUUCCACACAGAUAAAAUUGUCAACACUAUAAUUUAUUUUCCAUGCUUACAUUCAGUGUCUUCCGGUUUCAAAUUGUAAAUGUGUGAAUUUGUGUGUCCAGACAAACCAGACAAAAGCGCCCCAAUUGCCACAUAAUUACAUUUACUCUGAAAAAUUGUGUGCUACUUAAUAUUUUUAUAUUAACGCCUUAAUUGGUAGUGCAUAUUUACAUUAAAUAUGGAAGAUAAAGUAUCAAAUAGCAUUUCCAUGUUUACUCGAUCAUUAAUGCUGCCUACUCACCACAAAACUGUCAGAGAUGCACCAUGCAUAUUAUAUAACCCAGCAUAAAUGCAGCAAGGAAAUAAAAAUAAUGGCACAAGUGUAAUAUGAUUGAAAUUAUCCCUAUUAUAUUGGAAGUAUGUGUUGCAUGUGUGGAUACAGUAUUUAAGGAGGGUUUGACAGAAGGGUUACGGUAUUUCAGGAGGGUUUGACGAGCUGAAAAUGUAAUGUACAAAUGUAUGCAAAACAAUUCUGUGGUAAGUCUCACUUUACAUUGUAAAGUAUCAAAAUAAUUAGAAUGGAGCUCACCAAGAAAGAGCCUAUAUAAUGUAUGUAUUUCCUUUUUGUUCUGGACCCAGUUUCCGAGAAAAGAUGAAAGUCAGAAUCGGACAAAUGAAAACCCCUUUAUAAACUCAUUGCUGUUUACAUAACAUUUGAGGUAUGAACUGAUACUCCCCAUUCAUUACAAAGGUCUUACCCCUAUCGUAAACCAAAAUAGCAUGAGGGUGCUGGCUUUUGCCCCAUUGUUUUAGGAACAGUAUAAACAAAGCAAAGUUUUUCAUUUCAAUCCUUGUUGAAUCCAUUCACUAUUCAUUAACAUUAGGAAGGAAACAUGCCAUCAAACCAUUGAGUUAGUGUUUGUGGUUUACAUAAUUCUUGUUUGAGUCCUUCAAAUCAAUAUAAAUUGUAAAAGGAUAUUUGAUUACCAUCUUUUAAUUGUGUAUUGUUCAGUAUAUGCUUGUGUCUUUCUUUUUUAUUUGUUAUGCGUGUCAUCCCUUUAUUUCUACUAAAUUAAAGGUGUGAAUCAAAAAUGUACUCAUUGGUAGAUCAUUUCAUGCUCAAGUGCAACUUUGUAGAAAGAUUGGUCUCUAAAUUAUCUGGUCAUAAGGAAUAUUGUUGAACUUGCUCUCCAAUACUGCUGUGUAAAUUAUUUUUAAUAUCUUUAUACUUUUUCAUAUAUUGAAUCAAAUUAGUCAGAAAUUAGUUUUUGUACAUUGUACACAGUAUACAUUAAUAUAUUCAUGAAACAAAUUGUUUGCUCAGCUAUUUGUGGCUUGCUCAGUCAUUUUUACCACGUAUGUUAACUUUGUCCAUCCCCUGAGUGAAUUUGAGUCACUUUUUGGUUGUGGUGAUUUUGGCAUGUCCAAGAUAUCCAUGUACCGAUAAUCCUUGAAUACUAAAGACACCAUAAAGCAGAAUCUUUUUAACUCAUGCAAAGAUAUUUAUUUCAUGUUGGAACUCAGACAGUGGGGUCCAAAUAAAGGCGUUGCAAAAGGACAUAAUGUAGUAACAGAACAUCUGUGAUUUUAAUUUGGACACACAAAGAAACACUAAUCACCUACCUGCC